GAGACGUGGCAGAAAUGCCAUCCGAAGAAAAGCUAACAACAUAUUGAGGAAAAUAUCUGUGCUGGGGGUCCGACCGCUGGGCUUCACUUUGAUAUUCACAUCGCUUUGUGGUCGUCUAGUGUUUUCGUCGAUAUCGUCAGUGUAACAGACAGACCAUGGGUUUGUGCAAGUGUCCCAAGAGGAAGGUAACGAACCUGUUCUGCUUUGAACAUCGUGUCAACGUGUGUGAGCAUUGUCUUGUGUCCAAUCACAAUAAGUGUAUUGUGCAGUCAUACCUACAGUGGCUACAGGACAGCGAUUACAACCCAAACUGCAGUCUUUGCAGUCAGCCCUUAAAUUCUCAGGAUACUGUCCGACUUGUGUGUUAUGAUUUGUUUCACUGGUCAUGUCUAAAUCAGCUGGCAUCCCGUCAGCCCCUCUUCACGGCGCCUGCUGGGUACCAGUGCCCGACCUGCCAGGGUCCUUUGUUCCCACCCCCAAACCUGGCCAGUCCUGUUGCUGACAUGCUGAGAGAACAACUGUCCUCUGUCAACUGGGCGAGAGCAGGACUAGGCCUUCCACUGAUUGAGGACCCACCAGAAAGGGAAGAAAACUCAUCAACAAACGAUGUAACAUGUUACUCUGACUGGUCAAACACUGAGACCUCUGCAGUGGACAUGGCAAUCUCAGACCCCACCUCCGCCAGUCUACCACCCCAUCAGGAUAUGGAGCACAUCCACAGUGUCCAAAAUAACGGCGAGCUGAGUGUCCAGAAUCACUCUGUCAUAAAUAUGAGCACCACUUCCACCACUGACACAAUCAACAUCAACACAGCUUCUUCCCCUAGGAAGGUGUAUGACACACGAGAUUCAGCAAACACUGCAGUCAUGCAGAUUGACUUUGACGAUGAUAAAUACCGCAGACGACCGGCCCUUAGCUGGUUUGCCCAGGUCCUAAAGAAUCGUACAGGCACUAAGAAGAAGGCCCUUACUCUGAAGCAGAGAAUCUUCAUGCUGUUGUUGGUCGGAGGGAUUGGUUUCUUCACGCUCAUCAUCAUCAUGGCCAAACUGGGGCGAGCCUCAGCUGAGGCAGACCCGAACCUGAAUCCCAUGCUGAAUCCCAACAUCAGGGUAGGCAACAAGUGACCGAUCCCCUUCCCACUUAGACUCUGUAAUUGGAUUCAGCCUGCGGUUUGGCUUUACUGGGGAAAACUGGAAGUGCUGGAGAGAGAAAGCUCCUUGGGAUGCUGGGACCAGCGUGAAGAUGUCUCCGUUUGGACUGUGGGAGGAAUGCAUGUCUUAUGGGUCUACCUGAGAGAAGUAAGAUGGUCAGGAAGCUGGUACAAAGGCUGCUGUACAACAUUUCUCUUGAGUGAGAUGAUAUAGGCAUUAUUGAAGACUUAGUGAGGGGCAGCUGUAUUUCAUUCAGUUUUGAAAUCUUCUUUUAUAAAUUUGCAUUCCCUUCUUGAACAUUGGGAUAAACGAUUUGCAGUGAGUGUGGAUGUUUUGCAAUCAAUCCUUUAAUUCUUUCUUUUUAUGCAUAGAAUUCAUUGUGUUCACUCAAUGGAAAUGAACAGCAGAGGGAAUAUGUGGACACGUGAGGUGUCACAAAUGUACAUUUUACUAUUGGCGGAUUCGGUUACCAGACUCCAUGCUUGUGAAAAGUGCUCUGCAGAUUUUCCUUGUGUGCAGUUGAUUGUAAAACUUCUGUAGCAUUUAGAGAACGAUUUGUUGAUUUCAUACUAAAUCCUAACCCAAAUGACUACAGAAAUAUUACUAAAUGCUUAAGUAGAUACAGCCCGACAUAUACAGAUGCAAACUGCACACAGGAGAAUCUCAAGAAAAAACAUCUAGGCCAUAUUUUAGCCCAAAAUCAAAAUAAAUAUUCACCCUAACAGCCUUUAUGUACUUAAGAAGAAUGUACAGUGUAAUGUAAACAUUCACAUCUGCAGCUUAAAGCUCAAAUAUAUCUGGAGUUACGCAUUGAUAUGCUAUUGUUUCCACACCUUCGACAUCAAGAAAAUUAUCAGCUAUGUUUUUCCCUACCGAUAUUCCUUAUUGGAGUGCAUUGAAUCAUUUGUUUGUGGCACACUACAUACAACUUUCUCCUCUGGAUCCACGGUUCCUCACUUUGUCAUAUUGUACACAAUGAUAUAUAAUAUAUGACUCAUUCUGAUUUGUUUUGUUUGAGUAUCAUUUACAUGUAAAAGUUUUCACUGUAAUACUCUUUCCCUGACUGUUGUUGUCAGGCAGUAGUAGUAAGUCUUGAGCUGCCAGUGGUGGCAGUGGCAGGAAGUGACCUGUCAGCAGGUGGGUAACACUGCCAUUGGCAAGUGGCAAUAUACAGUGCAUCCAGAAAGCAUUCACAGCAUUCAUUUUUUCCACAUUUAAAUUUUUAUUUAUUGCAAUACAGAGAGUAGCAGAUGCCAAUUUUUAAGCAAGCAAAAAGAAAGGCCAAAUUCUGCCAUCCUCAUUGGGCUCCUGUUAUUUCUUGGCAAUCUCCACAAGCCUUUGUCAACCAGUUUGUUGUGCAAUUGGAAGCACCCAUUGUUUCAGGUAACGUGUUCAGACUAUGAAUGGAGGUCACGUAAACAUUAGUGGAUUGAUGAUGAAUUAAUCAUUUUAUCACUGGCCAUGUUGCCCCCACCACCCCUUGUGGCUGAGGGAGCCCAAAAGAGGGCGCAAGAGGAUAAAAAUGGCCAAAAAGUGUGAAACAGUGGGUGCUUUUCAUUCUGAAGGGUUCAUCCAUAUGCCCUAAUCCCUUCAAAGGGUUUUGAGUAAAUAUCUGUCAUUAAUAACCCACUUUAAUGUCAUCUAUCCAAGCCAAUGGAGCUGCAGUAGCACAAGGCUGAUGCUAACAUCAGUUGUACCUAAGCAGAAAUAUUUAUACAUGAUUUGUCCUAACUAUUAAAGGGAUAGUUCACCCAAAAAUAAAAAUGUAGUCAUUGUUUACUCACCCUAUUUAACUUACUAUUUUC